AAUUGACAAAGCGAGUAGCAAUGAAUUCUCUACACCACCGCAGAAGCUACCCUCCUCGAGUAUGCCAACCUCUAUAAAUCCAACCCGGAAGCCCGGAGCCCAGACACCCCAGAAAGCUUCCCCUUUCCCUGUCCCUCUUUCUCUCUCCAGUCUGUCUUUUAAUUCCGUUACUGAUUUGCUUCCGAUCCCCGAAAUUCAGCUGAGUUAUGGGAGGAAUAGUUCCAUUUGUGUGAGUUUCGCCGAAUCGCGGCGUUUUCCGGCUAGAUUUCCGGCGAGAUCGAGAGAGGUGUGAGCAGUGGUGUUAAUAGACCACACCGCAUGAGCUGGUUGGUUAACUUAGGGUUUACUUCGAAUUCCAAUCAUUUCACCACCUGUCUCUUGAUUUUCAUUCUUCAUUACUCUCCUCAAUUACCCCCUGCCUUGUUCAAAUUCGAGAAGCCUCUCGAACCUGGAUCAUUAGUUAGUUGUUUUAAUUGGAAUUUCAAUCAUCGCCGCCGUCGCCGUUUUAGAUCGCCAGAGAAUGGAGUCGUCCGAGAGAAGUAAUCGCCAGUUACGCAGAGCUCUUUGUUAUGCAAAUAUUGAAAGGCAGCAAGCGACAUCACCAUCUGUUAUCGUCAUAGGUGCUGGUAUGGCAGGCAUUGCAGCUGCUCGUGCCCUUCAUGAUGCCUCAUUUCGGGUUGUUCUGUUGGAAUCGCGUGAUAGAAUUGGUGGACGGGUUCAUACUGAUUACUCAUUUGGUUUUCCUGUUGACCUGGGAGCAUCAUGGCUUCAUGGGGUCUGCAAAGAGAAUCCCUUGGCACCUUUGAUCAGCAGACUGGGGCUACCACUCUACCGUACUAGUGGCGACAACUCUGUGCUGUAUGACCAUGAUUUAGAAAGCUAUGCCCUCUUUGAUAUGGAUGGGAAUCAAGUUCCUCAAGAAUUAGUCCGAGAGAUUGGUGUAGCAUUUGAGAAAAUUUUGGAAGAGACUGAUAAAGUGCGACAGGAACAUAGUGAAGACAUGCCCAUCCUAGAUGCAUUCAAAAUUGUUUUUGAAAGGAGGCCAGAUUUAAGGCUGGAGGGGCUGGCUCAUAAGGUACUGCAAUGGUACUUGUGCAGAAUGGAAGGCUGGUUUGCUGCAGAUGCUGAUAACAUAUCACUUAAAAGUUGGGAUCAGGAAGAACUCCUUCCUGGUGGUCAUGGGCUAAUGGUCCGAGGUUACAUCCCUGUUAUAAACACCCUCGCAAAAGGUCUCGACAUCCACUUGAACCACAGGGUUACAAAAAUAGUAAGGCGUUAUAAUGGAGUCAAGGUAACAGUAGAAGAUGGGAGAUCAUUUGUUGCAGAUGCUGCCAUUGUUGCUGUCCCCAUUGGUGUUCUGAAAUCGAGUCGCAUAAAGUUUGAGCCAAGGCUCCCAGAGUGGAAGGAAGAAGCAAUUGCUGACAUUGGAGUGGGAAUCGAAAACAAGAUAGCCUUGCACUUUGAUAAGGUGUUUUGGCCAAAUGUGGAGUUCUUGGGAGUAGUUGCAGAUACGUCUUAUGGCUGCAGUUACUUUCUAAAUCUCCAUAAAGCUACAAGUCAUUCUGUUCUUGUUUAUAUGCCUGCUGGGCAGCUGGCCAAAGACAUUGAGAAAAUGUCUGAUGAAGCUGCUGCUAAUUUUGCUUUUAUGCAACUCAAGAAGAUCCUUCCUGAAGCUUCUGACCCGAUUCAGUAUCUUGUUUCUCGGUGGGGCACAGAUGAGAAUUCACUUGGAUCCUACACCUAUGAUGCAGUAGGGAAACCCCAUGAUCUGUAUGAGAGGCUAAGGGUCCCUGUAGACAAUCUAUUUUUUGCAGGGGAGGCGACCAGUGUGAACUACCCGGGGUCUGUGCAUGGUGCAUUCUCAACUGGAACAUUAGCUGCAGAGGAAUGCAGGAUGCGUGUCCUAGAGCGAUAUGGGGAGCUCGAUUUGUUCCAGCCAGCCAUGGGUGAAGAAACAUCAUUCUCUAUCCCGCUUCAGAUUUCCCGGAUGUGACUUGGUGGCCUCUAGGCUGUCGUCCCCCACUACAACGAAGUACUGUGUGUUUGCGUUUAUAUUAUUAAUAAGGGGCCUCCUGACUAACGCAUUGUUGCCAUUUUGAUUGGCUGCUUUGGGAAAAUUAGUGUUCUCCCACAGAUUAAUCAAUCAAAGGAUUGGUUAAUGUGUAUAGUCUCCUUCCACCCAAAUACUUUGUCUGUGAACUAUCGAGUAUGAACUUUGUAUAUCUAUAUUCUAGUCUAGUGUAAUCUAGUCUCUGGUCUAGUCCAUAAUGGAGCCUGGUAUUUCAUUAGAGGCAGAAGUUGACGGUAUCAGAAAGUAUGGAUAGCUUUUUAGAUGCAUCAACGAGAGAUAUAUGUAGGGAAGACGCUAGAGAUUUUCUUGUUCAAUAAUGGUUUGUAUCGCACUCUCCUCUAUAGCUAUAUAUAGAAAACAUUGUGGUGUUAUAUAAAUAAGUAAGAUAAGGGUGUGGCAUUUAGUACC